GAUGAAGUCUUGCGUUGUCACCAUCUGUUUGCACAGGAUCGAAGUGGUUCAGAGCAAACGAGAUGAACUAAACAGGCGUGUCAAGUGUCAUGUACACAAAACCGCAAGGCUUCAGAUGCGCAGCGAUGUGAAGAGCGCGCUCCAGAACUGCAGAUUUCCUGAGAGAAACAUUACAACCAGAGACAGUGAUUAUUUGGUUGCGACCAAUUUACGCGAGGAUUAUCACUAUUCGUGAAUAAUGUUUAACUAAAGUGCGCAAUAGAAACGUGAGUGUCUCUCUAUUGCGCGAGGAUGAACGUGGGCACUGCACACAGUGAGGUGAAUCCAAACACCCGCGUGAUGAACAGCAGGGGCAUAUGGCUCUCUUAUGUGCUUGGCAUCGGACUCCUACACAUCACAUUGCUCAGCAUACCCUUCGUCAGCGUGCCUGUGGUUUGGACUCUCACCAACUUCAUCCACAACAUAUGCAUGUAUAUCUUACUACACACUGUAAAAGGGACGCCAUUUGAGACCCCGGAUCAAGGCAAGGCCCGGCUACUGACACACUGGGAGCAGAUGGACUACGGGGUCCAAUUCACCGCCUCCCGAAAGUUUCUUACCAUCACCCCUAUUAUACUGUAUUUCCUGACCAGUUUCUAUACAAAGUAUGACACUGUGCACUUCGUCAUCAACACCAUUUCCCUGCUCACUGUGCUUAUCCCCAAACUGCCUCAGUUCCACGGGGUCCGUCUCUUUGGAAUUAAUAAAUACUGACGAGGCCACAGGACUACGAGGGCUCCCUUAACCUGCUUUACGUCCUGUUGUCCAUGUGUCAGCCCACUUUUUUCUUUGGCAGAAGAGGAUCGGUUGUGUACAUGCUGUUGACACAGAGCACUUUGUGACAUAUUCUGUAGGAGCAAAAGUAGCGGGAGGUUUAGGGCUUCGUUUGAAGCUCUGUUGCUUUGAGGUUGGAAAGGAUGAAUAAUCUGCUGUGAUGUCACUUGAAAUCAAGUUGUUUUGUGUAACACUUGGUAGAUAUACAGACACUUUUGUAGAAUCACCAGCAGAAUGCAGCAGAUGCUUUAUAGGGGGUCUCUGGGGAUGUUUGGAGCCAGAGACCUUGCAAAAGCAGUGUUGCUUAUCAGCAAUAAAUUUGAAGUGUUAGCCUUCAAUCAAUGAAUCAGAUGGGUCAAAAUGGUUCAGGUCACAGUAUAAGGCUGUGCAGGACUGGUUCGUCGUUUCUUCAUAUUAAAGUUUGGGGGUCUGAGUAAGUGCUUCCCGGGCUACAUCAGUGAGGUUUUUAGAGAGAGAAGAAGGGUGCAGUGUCUCUGAAUAGGGUGGAAGAGGCUAUUGUAAAGUAGUUGCUGUUUCACUUUUUAAGUUAUGACUGAAUUGGGUCUCUUCAUUGACUUUGAUCUGUCCAUUGACAGACUAGUUUGGCUCAACUAUGCACAAGAGUGUACAAACAGCAUUAACUACAUAAUUCACAUUUAAUCCAAGCAACUCUCUCUCUUUUUUUUCUUCUUUUCUCUCAGUUUCAGUGUUUGCAUAGGUGCUAGCAUUAUGCAUAUUUAGGCAGACCUGUUGAAAUGUUUUUAUAUUGAAAACAAAACUAGAAAAAUGCUUAUUUGUUUUAAAAAUGUAUAUGUUGGUAGCAGUGCUAUAGUACAUGUAGGAUGUUACAUAGCCUUUAGUAUAUAUAAUCUGUAUGACUAAAACAUCUAAGAUUUGCUUUAGUUGAUUUUAAAGGGAACACGACAACUGUUAAAGAGAAAAGCUGCAGUCUAACAGUGUGUGUGAACUGUGGUCUGCAUGUCCUAGUGAGUGUUCACAGCCUUGAUGUUCUUGUAAUGUGCCCAGGUACAGAAUAAUUCUGUUAAUGAUGAGAUGUUUAAGUGCUGUUUGUCCUGUUCAAGGAAUUCAUCGCUAUAUUUACAAGAAUAAAGUUGUAUUUCGUAAUAUAUUGGGAGUCAAAUUUUGAGAAUAAAGUCAUAGCAAUAUGAAAUUAAAGUCGGAAUAUUUGAGAAUAAUUCCUUGUGAGGAAAGUAACAUCAAAUGUGAUCUGGUGGACAACAGAAAAGUGGUUCAUCUGGGUCAGUGAUGACCGUAAACUCCAAUAAUCAGGGAGAUAACUUUGACUGUGCAACUUUGUUGUUAUGUUAGCUGAGCUGAAUUUAAUGUGGGAAGUUUUGUGAGCUCUCUGUUUAUGAAUGAGGUGUGCAUUAGUACAAGAGUUUUCAACCUGUGGGCGUCUAUCAAGGGAGAUGUGAGAUGCUGGGCUUACAUUCAAGUGAAGUGAAAAAUAACUGGAACUGUGAAUCAUUUAGGCCCUUUUCAAGACAUUGUGUGUUAACAUCCCUCCUCGGAUAUACUAUUAGGUUUUGAGAGCAAAAAUAAACCUAAAAGCAAACCAAACAUCACCCAAGCACAACGGGACUGCGUAAAUGUCUUUGUUUUUUUUUUCUCCCUUGAAUAAAUUCAAUUUCCUACAGAACCGCGGUAGUGUCCAGAUACAAUUAAUAACUGUGCUAAUGCACCAAAAGACCAGGGAAUUCUUUACUGAUAAAUCUUAUGCUAAAGUAUGAUUUAAGUAGAUACUUCACAUCCAUUUCCUGCAUUAAUGAAGCUGCUGGCUUUAUAUCUGUUCUGUCGUGAAAGUGAGGCAAAAUAUUUAUACUUUUCAUGCAAAAUACAACUUUAUUCUCAUAAUUCUACAAUUUUGUAAUAAUUUUGACUUUGUUCUCAAAUUAUUAUGACUUAAAUCUCAUAAUGCAAUGACUUAAUUUUUGAAACUAUAUGACCUAAUAAGUAAAAGACAUGUUAUUAGAUUCUAAAAACAUUUGACUUUAUUUUGUAAUGCCAUAACUUUAUUAUCAAAAUCUUUUAUUUUAUUUUCACAUGGCUGUAAUACAUCGUCAUAAUUAUGAGGUGUGACUAACUCCGUAGUCAUAAUAAUCACACCUCAUAAUACUUCCUGUGCAAGAUUCUACAAAUGUUGCUUUGAAAGCAGCGUUCGCUGCCUGUAUAGUUUUACGUACUAUAUCCUUGUGUUCUUUGUAGCAGUUUUAAGUUAUGUAUACAGUGCACAUUCUAAUUGUGAUGUCAGAUUACAGUCAGAAAAAAAGGGUAACCAGUAUCCUGCAUAUGUAGCAACACCUUAUCUAGCAAAUCAAGUGAAGUUGAAUCCCAUAUUUGUUCUUAUCUUCAGUAAAACACUAUCCACUAGUUUCAUCUUGUUUAUAAGUCAUGUUCAAUGUUUCUGUUUAUUUCUUUUCAAUAUGUAUUUGACAUGAAACGUUCAGAAUUACAAUAAUCAAAAGGGCAUUGUUCAUCCUCUUAGAUAUUCAGUUUCAGUAUUACUGUAUUAUUGAUAGCUCAGUCAUUUAUUUAGAAUUAAAAGUUUGAAGUUCAUCAGCAGGAUUUUGCACUUAUUUAUUUGGCCUCAGUAGGACUAUCCCUAGAAUUGAACCUCCUCGCAUACUGUAGCCUAUUUGUGCGUGCGAUUAGGAAUUUCAUCAUUGUGCAUGUCAUGGGUAUAAUACUGUUGCCAAUGAGUCUGAGAUCUGCUCUUCAUGUAUGUUUAGUGUUUCAUAUGUUUUCAUAUUGUGUAUUGUGGUUUGGCAGGAUAGUGAUUUACAUGCAAAGUUAUGUAUUUGCCAGAUGCGUUUAUACAAAGUAGCUACUGUGCAUUCAAAUGAUAUAUUCUAUCAAUCCAUGAUUCCCUGGGAUUCAAACCAUCAACUUUGGUGUUGGUAGCACCAGUUGAUUGUCAGGAACACUGAUGUUGCGAUUCACGUUGAUGGCAAAGCCUUUCAUGUAUAGCCAAGAUGUUAAAAGGUCUUGUAGCAUUUGCUGGUGAAGCAGAGCUUUUUGGAAAACCUGUCAGUUAUAUUACUGUUCUAACAUCUUUACCCUGACUGUUUCCUCUUUACAUUUACACAUUGUGAUUGACAGCAUCAUUGAGGUGACUCCCACAGCAAUUCAUUCUGUGCAUAACAUCAUGCUGUGCAACAGUGCAAUAAGCUUAAAUACCAUAUAUAAUCAAAUCCUGCAACUGAUGAUGUGAAACAAAGUACAUUUAGAUACAGUUGAAGAACAAAUGAGCACUACGUGACUUGGAUGAAUGAAAACCUUCAUGGACAUUUAAAGGGAUAGUUCAUCUCAAACUGAAAACCUCUGCCAUUAUUUACUCUCAACUGCAUUACUUGCAGUACUUUGAGAUGAUAGAAUGUUGAUUAUUGCAUUAAUUCACCUUUUAAUAAUGAAAGAUUUUUCAUUUGUGGGUGAACUAAGGUGAUUUCUUGUAGUUGCACAAAUGAGGCAGUUUACUUGGAUGACAGGAACACUAAAGGAAAAAAACUAAACCUAGUUCAGUGGAGUCAAAGCCUGAUCUGUAAGGCCAGCACACCUGUAUUGCAGCUUGUGCAACAUGAGCCAAGACCAUGCUCUUGGGUUGUUACCCACAGCCAGCAACUUUUUAAAUAUUGACUGGGUUAGAGUUGGUUAGAAUCAGCGAGAGUGAGGGCUCAUGUGUCAGUCUCAGUUCUCCUUGACUAGCUAUAGCCUGUGUAAGCCAUCUAUCGGCCCUUCAACACAUUUCCACCCAUCUCCCCUCAGUGAGCAGAUAGAUUCCAAAUGUUAGGUGUUUCCUUACUUUUGCAUGUUUGUGGCCUAUACCUUUUCUCCGUCACUUUCAUAAUUUUAACUCUGAAGAUGGUUCCUGGUUUGUCUUUUUGAAUAUUGUGUGCCAUAAAAUGGUCUAUUGUAUUACAAUAACAUUGGUCUGCACAUUAAGCAGGUAAAGUAAUAGAGUGAUAAGUGCCUCCAAAAAUGUAUUUGGACACUUAAGCCACUUAAAACUGUGUCAAUGCCAAAAUAUGAAAUCAAGUGAUCCUUUGAGCCUCUGUAUAUUUACAAGAAGCGCUAAUGACCACAAGGCUAAAUAAUUGUUUUUAAAGUAGGGGAAGUGAUCCAAUGAAGCCCAUGUACCAUAUAAGCCCACUAACUGAUUUAUUUUGAAAUAUAAAAAAGACAAAGCAAGAGAACAAAAUUGUUGUUGCUGAGGAAAUCCACACAUUUGUUGGUAUCGAUUUACUUUUUAUUUGGAGCUAAUCAUAUGUUUUGUUCUUGAGUUCUUUGGGAACGUGUGCUACCGUGUUCAGCAGCUAUUUUGGAAGUUGCUCCAAAAUCUCACUGUUUUUGAUGACCUCAAAAAAAGCAAUUUUUCUGGAGUCAGAUGAACAAACCCUGCAGAGAUUAAAUUUUGUUUGUUUUUUAAUUGAGAGAUGAAUAAAUCAAAUGAUACUUGAUAUUAUUUAUUUUCUUUGUAUUUAACAGCAAUACUUUGUUUGUGAAGAGAUGUAUUUCAUGAGUAAUUGGAGCUAGUGCAGGACACUGCCUGAGUGAUGCUCACAAACAUAGAUGCAGUAAAAGGGGAAACAAAUGAAUAAAAACUUCUGAUAAACACAUUAAAUGGAAAUGUUUAAGAAGCUUCUUGAGCUCAAACAAGAUUAAGUGCCCUGUCUGUAAUUAUAAGU